GCGCGGCGGCGACCUCGCCCUUGCGAGGGCGGCCGCGUUGGAGAGCAAGCGCCAGCGCAACGAUAUUGCUGAGCAGGAACAGUUGUUUCGAGAACAGUUUCAGGUGCCACCCCACGUGAUCACCCAGAGCUUCUCGAACAGCUCGUUCCUCUUGGCACCGCCGCUCAUCGACCACGCAGCUGUAGCCAACGCAUCAAUCAGAGCCCUGCAGUUCGUGGACAGUGUUGGGGAAACUCCAUUAAAACUCAAGGGUGGCGCACCGAAGACCGACAGAGGCGUUAAGGCUGAUGGUAGGCCCCUGCCGAAAAAGGUAUUGGAGAUGUUGCCAGAAGACAAAAAGGCGAUUCCCACCAAGGUGUUCCAGACGCAGCAGAGAUUCGGCAUGUUGUUCGCGCGUGGCCCUCCAGGCGAUCUGCAAUCUGACACCAUAGUCAUUGGUCGGACAAUGGCCCAGGUCCAGCCCCUAUGGCGGAACACCCCAGGCUGUAUCAUGGCUGCCCUGAGAGAUACGUGCGCCAUGUCGCUCACCGAGUGCAGGUUUGAUGAGUUUAGCCGCAUCGCCGCCGUGGAUCGACACCCGAGCAAUCUGCGCGCCGAGCGCGGCAUCAAUCGGAGGACACAGAGACGUUUUGACAAUUGGAAGUCUAUCUUUUUCAAAUGUGAACAGCACAUGUUGCAGGGUGCGCGGGCAUUGGCAACGUGGAAGUUCUCCCACACCAUCACGGGUAUGAUCAACUUGUCUUUGUCGCUGGACCACCAGAACAAUUUAGCGAUAUUCAGACAAUGCAUGUACGAAGUCCUGAUGCACCGUUGCAAGGUAAUCGACACGCCUCCCAGCCCAGAUGCAGUGAUGAGGAAAAUAUUGAUUUUGUCGUGGUUCGUAUCUAAGAAAGCUAACACUGACGUAAUUGUGCGGGGUCUGCUUGACUUGUUCGCGUCGGGGGAUUGGAGCAGCAAUAGAUUGGAGAUCUACGUUCCACCUGGCACUGAGUAUGACGAGCAGUCGUUGUUCAGUACAGUUUCGAGCGGCAUUGCGAAGGCCCUCGUGUUCAGAAACUUCACGGUGUACCAGCGGAAGAAAUGGAUGGGCGCAGACGAGGCGCGCUGCGACUUCGCGUUGCCCCUUCUGUUAGGGAACGUGCUGGUUGAGGCGUGCAAGGUUUUCUGCGAUCGCAUCAACGGCCUGCCAUAUCGACCUGCUGCGCACCAUCCAGGUGGCGAUGCUCCAGCGGCAGCCGCGCUCGGCGCCUUGCUCGACGCUGGAGCCCUCCCCGACGAGGAGGCGAUGGAGGCUCGGCGAGACGAUGCAGUCAUCGACCCGAGGGGGCUGGCCCCCAUUGCCGUAGCAGCGGCCGAGGUCGCGAGGAAGCGCAAGGUCGCUUUGGAUUGGCUGAUGUGCAGGACCAGAAAUUCGCCACGUUCCCAGGUCGUGGUGCUCAAGAUGAUAUUGUCUAUCUUGCAGACAAUGCAGGCGGAGGAACUCUACAUCGGGCCCAAGAAGUGGGAGCGGCGCCAGGAGGCGCAAGCUGCGCGGCUGGCAGGGCAACCCAAUACGGGCAAACUGCUUCGCACAUACGCAGUGUUGGUGCACGCGGAAGGCGAGAUCGAAGCUCGAGCAUUGAAGAGAAUGCUGACCCUUCUUUUCGAGCAUCGCAUUUGGAUACUGUUGCGAGAUGGAGAUAUGACAAACGAUUUGAAAGCAGACGCAUUUACAAGCUUAUUGUCGGCAGGGGCCUACAUCGAGGACUUGAUCGCGGGCCCGCAUUCCCAACCACCGUGGGCUUUGUUUCUCGCGCCUAACUAUCCCGAGCUCGCAGAUGCAAUCCAGCAGACGCCGAAAUGCCAAUUGGACAGAUGGAGUAGGAAAUUCUUGGAAAGAAAUGACCUCCGCACAGGCGAGGCCAAAAUGAAGCUCUUGGUGCACGCCAUCCUCAUGUCAACGAACACUGAUCACCUCGAGGUCUCGAACUCACAUAUUCGCAGGAUUGUGAAAAAGCAUGUGCAAUGCCAGCAGGCUGAUCCAAUUGGGCUCGGUACGAAAUGGAUGGCUGCUUGCAUUCGCGCCUGGAGUACGGCGCCACGAGUUUCUGUGGAUUCUGGGGCCGACACCGAGGGCACCGACGAACACAAUCCUGGCGGUCCAAAGUAUGGUGGCGGCGGCGCAUGGCGUGCUUUCGCGAGGAAGCAGAGGUCGAAUGAUCUGGCAGAGGUUGGUCGCCUGUAUCGGGCCCUCAAGGACACCGUCGGUUCUGAGGUGCUGGAGCAGUGUAUCGCGGAGGGCAAGGCGGCCACAGAGAGGCGGCGAAGGGGGAAAUCAGCGUUCGGCAUGAAGCGUAGCAAGGUCGAUCGCCUGCAAGAGCAACGGUACUUGGUGGCCAGGAUGUCGGGGGGCAAUCUUGAGAGUGCAGUCGACAAGGUGAUCAGCGACGCGCAGACGUAUUCCUACGAUGUCGCCGAGACGAUGCGGCUGACCAAUAGAUUGCGCAAUGCUCGUGCUGCAAAGCGACGCGAGGAGGAAGAGAAGGACUCCAUGGACAUUGCCGCCUUCGAGGCAGUUGCGGCCGAAGCUCGGCGGGGCGAGCUCGCCAGACUGAGAGCGGUCCCUGGCCCCAUCCACGGCACGAGGGCGAUGGAAGCCGACGUUGGGUCGGCUUGUGCAGACGCCACGGGUUUGAUUCAGUGCGUGAAUGAUAUGCAGAAACAUCAGAAGAAUGUCAUGGCAUCCUUGGGUAAUUAUUGGAACUUCCUUCACAGGACGAUGCGCGACGAUGCCGCUGAUGCAGGCAAGUCGAGCGAUGAGGAGGAGGAGCAUCGCCAUGGUUGCUGCUGGGGCCUGGGCGUCUGCAUAUGCUCGGAUGCUGGGGCGCAGCUUUGGCGUUUUCGGAACUCCGCGCUGCUCGCCAUGAAGGCCAUGUGCCCGAGGAGCGGGUGCAACCGCAGGAAGCUGCUCAAGGACGGUCACGUCGUCCUGCGAUUCGAGUCGUCGCUUGCUGACGGUGCAGGUGAUGCUUUGGCUGACUUCUGGGGUCUCGGCACGGACGUCCGCUAUUGGCACGUCAGCAGCCAAUCCUUGGCGCCAUUUGUGCCGCGCGUGCAGGAGAUGACCGUGGCCAGUGAUGAGGAGGCACUUGGCGCCAACCGAAGGG